AUGGCGCCCAAGAUCCUCCUUCUUUAUGAGAGAGAUGAUAACCGUUACUGGUUCGCCAACGCCCCGGGCCUGGCCAUAGCAGAAGGAUCUCCUCUCGCAGAUCUGUCCGAUAAAUAUCUCAUCUAUGAGUCCGACUUGCUCCUCGCCGUCUCAAACACCAUGGACGGGGACUUGGUACCCAAGCACCACAACUAUCUGGCUAGUUACAAGAUAGAUGAAACCUAUUACGUCCUCCUUGAGAGGAUGCCACACCAAGACAUCCUGACUCCCCUGACCCCCCUCUCCUCAUGCGUCUCGGAAACUCUUGGGGUGAGAUCUGUGCACUCGAUUGGGGAUAACAGACGCGGCCGUCCUUUGGACUCCAUCACCGUUGGUGACAAUGGCCAUGGUGCUGAGCCCAUGCGUUCAGGCUGGUCAACCCCGUCUGUGCCCGCCCGCAGCGAUGGAAACGCUUCUGUGGGCCAGAGCCAUUGGACCAACAAGGACGAGCCUACACUCCAUGGCUGGGAGACUCCCCCUCAGACAGCUAAAAGCGACAGAGGAUUUCCUUCGAUCGCAUACUCGGAUUGUUCCGCCCCCACACAAACCGCCCGCAGCAAUGAUAACGCCUCUGCGGAUGGUUGGGAUAUUAAGGACACAUCCGCGCAUGCUGGCUGGGACUUCGAGCUCGCUAAUAGCGACGACGGGCGUGCCUCUACCUCCAACUCUGGAUGGAUUACUUACCCACAGACAGCGAACAGCGAGAACAACGCCCCUGUAUCUCACUAUGAUGCCAACGAAGACGUCGAGCUCAGAAAUGAACAAUCAACUAAUGAGCGCGGAACCAUGGCCCCCUCUCCUCUCAUCACCGACCAGGCCAUUGGCAACGACAACCAGAGUGGCAAGAACGACGCCAAAGACGAUACCAACGUCAAUGCCACCAUGGCACACAAGGACUCCGUCCGCUCCGCGACCAGCUUCGCUGCAAAGGUCGCUCGUGCCGGCGACGGCCUAAAAGGGAAGAUGCCAAAUUUUGCCAAAAGCCCCUGCUAUGGCUACCCUAAGUCCCCUUACCCCCACCAGCCCGCUCCAUACUGGUCCUAUCCCCAGAAUGACACCUACUCUUUCUCCAUCCAUGAGGGAUUGUCAUUUCCUCGUUCCAAUGCUGUCCCAUGUUACUACGAACCUUUGCACCCAUACGACUGCUAUGUCAGUGGCGAGGUCAUUCCCCCCUGGCAGGAUCCUCGCCGUCACACACUUAUGGCAUUCGACCAGCUUCCCAGACACCCUGCCUACUUGCCUUCCAUGGCUGUCGCGCCCCCGAAAUGCCCCCUUUCCCCUCUCACUAUCCCCCGUACUGGUCGUCCAGUGAGUCCCACCUUUACUAGGACUACCGUUCCCCCCGUGGAUCCUGUGCCUCCCUAUGAUGGCCACUGGUGA